AUGGUAUCUCAACUUAGUGAGGUCAAUAAAGAUCCGGAGCAUUUGUCUAUUCAAGAUGCUUGGUUUUAUCCAGACGAUUUUGACAGCGACUUGAAAGGUGUAGACCUUUCAGACAGGUUCAUCCAUGAGACUAUCAAUGCUGCAUGGGAGUAUGCUAGAUGUGUGAUUCCCCAUUUCACCAAUUGGGGUCGAUAUGUAUCCUUUGUCCGUGUACUCGUGAUUGCGGUUGUCACCGAGUUUCGUGGCGACCUUAUCGAUCCUACCAGCGAUGAGAUACUUGGAUACGACGUCCGAGAACUUCUGUAUGACCUCUUUGGGGCAACUGUCGGCCAUGCAGAGAUGGAACGCGAAUUUCGGACCUUUCUCCUUUUCACCUCGGAGAAGGCCAGCCAUAAACGCACUUCGGACUUUUUCAGACGAUACGUGAAUGCCCUGGCAUCAUCACCAAAGAACUGGUUUAGACUACGAGACUGUGACGCACUUGCACGCUUCACUUUGGCUGGUGCACUAGUGUGCAAUGAUAUCGAUGACUUUUGGUUUCGUGAAGACGAAUUUCAGAUCCUCAGCGAGAUAGCCGACACCCUCUAUGACGCUGUGGCCUUUUACAAGCAUCGUGCGGAGGGAGAAACCCACAGUACCUUCGCCUAUGUCGACUCCGAUUUGCGCAGAGAGAGCUUUCAUGAGUGCCGUACGCUUUUGUGGCGCCUCGAAGUUGCAUGGGCGCACGCUCCCCAAUUUCUAUGUGUUCUCAACUUCAUUCGAUUCUUUGGUGGCCCGAUACACAUGACAACACGACGAUAUCGUUUCGUCGAUGAUGGCCUCACGUUGGGGACCCCCGAGACCGAAGAUGUGAUAAUCCAGACCCGUCAGAAUUACAAGCUUUGGAACCGAGUAGAUCUUGAUAUAGAUAGACCAGAGCGCAAGGAAGUACAGGACAAAUUCUAUGCAAAAUCCAUGUCCCAGAAUCAAUUCUUGAUCGAUGGACUUGCCGAGAUCCUGGAGAGGGAUGAUAGUCAACACUGCAACAACUGUUUCUACCGCACCUCGUACGGUGCAGAGUCUCCUGGCAUAUGCACUUAUGGCUGUCUAAGAAAUUUCCUUCCUCAGUCAAACAACAUUUAUUCGACCAGAUGGAGGAGCAUCCAUCCCCCGAAAAUAAAUCGACUAAACAACGACGAUCACAUCGCAAAUCGCGCACAGGAUGUGGAAAUUGCAAGAAAAGGCGAGUUAAAAAUAGGAAGAAAUGCUUCUGACGUGUCCGUACAGCCUCCUGAAACACGCUAUCGCUUUCGAUCGUACCGAGUUUCGAAUGACAAAUCUAAAGAGAAGGAAGGACAAGAAGCACCCCAUUUCGAGGAUCGUCAAGGCGUAGCAACACAAUCUGUGGGCGUGCAAUGCGAUUUUGACUUCUCUUUCGCUCAUAGCCAAACUCACAGCCAAACCCAUAUCUCCUUGGAUGACCUACAGCUUUUCCACAAUUUCAUCGUUUCGACCUGCAACACCAUUAGCGAGGACGCAGCUGGUCGUGACCUAUGGAAGAUCCAUGUCGUGCAAUGGAGUCUGAGCUUCCACUCUAUUCGGCAUCUUAUUCUUGCUCUCUCCUCGCUUCAUUUGAGCCAUGAGGUCCCCAUCCGGCGAGAUGCUUAUGUGCAAACAGCGGAUGACCAUUUUACUUUUGGUCUCCGAUCGGUCACAGCCGUGUUGACAGAUCCCAGUAGUCGGACUUGCCAGCAAGUAUAUGUUUCAGCUGUGUUAAUCUGCCUUGUUUACUUCGGAAGGGGACCGAAAAUCGGUGAAUAUCUUGUUUUCAGUGACCAUGGCCCCGCUGAAUGGCGAGUACUGCUGAAUGGAGUCCGGCUAAUUGUAGAGUCUCACCGCAAUGAAGUCUUUACUGGAGUAUUAGCUACAAAUUCUCAACCUACGGCACACAGUAUCAGUCCAUUGCUACGCGAUGGAAUGGACAGCCAUCUAUUACACGUACGAGAGGUGCGAGAUAUGGUCGAACGAGAAGCACAAUCAGACGACCAGCUCACAAUGUUCACCUUGGUCAUAGAUGACCUAAUGUCUGCAGUGGUGGAAGUUAACGCAAAGCUGUCGGCCCAGUGCCCCCCGGUGGGCUUGACGCAAGUUCUGAUGGGAUGGGUGUACAGAUUACCCGACGAGUUCGUUAAUCAGCUCGAACAAAAAGAAGCAAUUUCUUUGAUAGUAUUUGCACACUGGGCUGUGUUGCUAAAAUACAUGCAAUCUGUGUGGUUUAUGAAAGGCUGGGAUAAGCAUGUCGUGAAAGGUGUUGGCAUUUCUCUCCAAAGUCGAUUUCACACAUGGAUUCAGUGGCCCAUGCGUCAGGUGGAGGAAAGUUUUGAUUGA